UCGAUUUGGGAUAAAGCCAUUGUCGUCAUUUCCCAUAGAGCGGUUGCUGUGGACGAGGAGAGAGAGAGAGAGAGAGAGAGAGAGAGAGAGAAGAAAGAAAAGAAAGAAAAGAAAAAAGGAAGGGAGAAAAAAAAGGAAGGAAGUAAGGAAAGAAAGAAAGAAAGAAAGAAAGAAAGAAAGGAGCGAAGGAAUAAAGAAAGAAUAGAGUAGAACAUAUCCGUAGACCUAAUUAGCAGUCGGCCCUGCUGUUUGGCGCCAUCCUGCCGGAGAGAUAAAAGCUGGAUGAAUAUAGCAUGCUAAGCUAAUAUCGAUUAUUUAUACACCGCGGCUAUGUUAAGCUAGCCGAGGGAGCUAACGCCUGGUUUGCCGUACAGUCAGCUAGCGUGCUCAUUAGCGUGUUAAUAUUCCGGUGCAUCCGACGGUAGCUGCCUCAAUUCCCCGGUUUGUGGUUUCCUGAUAUAUAUUUAUAUAUUUGGAAAAGGUAUCGACCCUUAACGGUGGUUCAAGUGAACGGCGGACGGCUUCAAAAUGGGGAGAAAGUCAAAUAGAGCGAAGGAGAAGAAGCAGAGGAGGCUUGAAGAAAGAGCAGCCAUGGAUGCUGUGUGUGCUAAAGUGGUUGCAGCCAAUAAGCUAGAAGAUCCUCUCUCAGCUUUUCCAGUGUUCAAAAAGUAUGACAGAAACGGGCUAAAUCUGGAGAUUGAGUGUAAGCGAGUGACUGCUCUGUCUUCCAUCACUGUGGAGUGGGCUUAUGAGCUGACCAGAGCCAACGUACAGACACUAUAUGAACAGAGUGAGUGGGGAUGGAAGGAGAGGGAGAAACGGGAGGAGAUGAAGGACGAGAGAGCGUGGUAUCUCCUGGCCCGUGAUUCCGAAUCUGCUCCUGUAGCAUUUUCCCAUUUCCGAUUUGAUGUUGAAUGUGGUGACGAGGUUUUAUAUUGUUAUGAGCUCCAGUUGGAGAGCAAGGUCAGGCGGAAAGGUCUGGGAAAGUUUCUCGUCCAAAUCCUGCAGCUCAUUGCCAACAGUACACAGAUGAAAAAGGUCAUGUUGACUGUUUUCAAACACAACCAUGGAGCCUACCAAUUUUUUCGAGAGGCCUUGCAAUUUGAGAUUGAUGAGACCUCGCCCAGCAUGUCUGGGUGCUGUGGAGAUGAGUACUCGUACGAGAUUUUGAGUCGGCGGACAAAAUAUGGCGAGGUGUCUGGUCAUGCUCAUGCUGGCAGCCACUGUGGAGGUUGCUGCCAUUAGGUGCUGGUCCUGUUUUUCUGUUACAGAAAUAUUCCUCAUCUGAACCUCCGGUCACCAAUUUUAUUUAAUGCUCUACAUUGCCCCUGUAUUACAUCCCCUUGAGCCUAGUUCAGUCACACAGUGUAGCCACAAAGAACAAGAAAUGAACAGGAGCCAGUCAGAGCACCACAGAAAUGUUCAUCUUUCACUAACUGGUAUUAAACAGAGUGUUGAGUGAGUUUGAGAGUUUGCAGUAGGUUACAUCACUGUAAAUAAUGUGAAAAAUGGUUUGGAUGGCUAAUCCCUUGAACGUUUGGUCAUGUGUAAAGUAGGUGAUUGGAAACUUUUAAUGAAAGUGUAAAUGCAUUACCCUUCAGAUCCAAAUUUGAUGUACAUAAGGGUAUUGCUUUGGACACAUCCAAAAGAAAGUCAUGGGGCUGGAACACAGCGGAUACAAAGCUUUAUUUACAUAAUGUUUGGGUUUAAACAUCAUGAAAGUUUUCCUAUUACUAAGUGCUUUGAUUUAAUGUAAGACCAAUAAGUGAUUUUGCAAACUUUUACUAUCUUCUACCUCUGUGCUAAAUGUUUUUUUUUUUUUUUCCUUUUAAUAGUUUUCACUGAAUACUUUUGAGUUACUUUGUAGACUUUAUAGUUAAGAAUGAGAAGUCGCAUGGUUUUUGAGGUGCAUGUGUGUUAUAUGGUGCUCUUAAUGACAGUGUAAAGGUGAUGGAUUUUAAAGCUUAAAGCUGUGAAGUGGUGACUGAACUAGGCCUUAGAUUAAGCUCUCCUCUAUGAAGGUCCUUUUUUUUCCCACUUACUGUUUUUAACUUGAUCGUUGCCCAUGACGAAGAAAAAUAAGUAUCUUCACUCUCCAGUUUCAUGAAUCUUUGAACAACAGAGAUGGCAGUAAUGCUCAUGUGACAGCUCUGUGUAGUGAACUUUUGCUCUCACCUCAGGAACCAGCAUGGUGAGUAGUACAUCUACACAUCCGAUGGCGAUAAUCACAACAAGCAUCAAGGGUGGACUUGAUGCAUUUAGCCUACAAAUCUCUCUGUCUCCCAAGCUGCUGAUCAUUGAGUUCAAGGGCAUGGCACACUGGCUGUUACUGCCAUUUUCUCUAUUGCUCUGUCAGGGUACUUGUACAUACAUUUUAACAAAAUGCAAGGGGCUUACCUAAGUGUUGUUUUUCUUUAAGUAACCGAAUACAAUGAAUGGCUUUGUAUUCUUUAUAAUCACUCAAAACAGGUCAGUCUCAGGUCACUCAAUUAAGAAAAACCUAUAUCAAAUAUUUUAUAAUGGUUAUCCCUAUCUAAUUGAUGAAGGGGCUGAUGCUUAUUUCAACACGCAUUUAGUGUAGAAAAAGUCUUUUUUUCUUUUUUUUUUUUAAUAUCACAGCCUUUUUUUUUUUUAUCAUCUCAAAACAUGUUUUUUUUCUUAACUGUAUAUAAUCUGUUGCUAUUUUUUUUUUUUUUUUUUUUUUUGUUUUGUUUUUUUUUUUCUUUUUUGCCUCCACGAAGGUCUUUUGGGGAGAAAUUACAAUGAGACAAUUUAAAGUGAUGUUUGAUAAGUGAGUAUUACUGUCUCAUGCUUUGUUGUUGAUGCAGAAAGGGAAGUUAUUUCAGCUUUUGGUGUUUUAUUUGUAUGCAACAAAUAAACUGGUUUGACUCA